UGCAGGAGCCCCUUUUUUGUAUCUCCGCUUGCCUGCCUGGGAGGGAAUCUGGCAGAAGGAAAAAGACGCCCUUGAUGGCUUUUCUGCUGUCUCCCCCGUGUGGUGAGGAGGAAAGACCAGCCAUGCCAGCAGCCCAGGGCUGGGUGUCCUUCGAAGAGGUGGCUGUGUAUUUCUCCAAGGCAGAGUGGAGCCUGCUGAGCCCGGCCCAGAGAGCUCUGUACAAGGAAGUCAUGCUGGAGAAUUUUGGGAAUGUGGCCUCUCUGGGCAGCAGCAGAAAGACGUCCUUGAUGGCUUUUCUGCUGUCUCCCCCGUGUGGUGAGGAGAAAAGACCAGCCAUGCAGGCAGCUCAGGGUCAGGUGACCUUUGAAGAGGUGGCCAUGUGUUUCUCCAAGGCGGAGUGGAGCCUGCUGAGCCCAGCCCAGAGAGCUCUGUACAAGGAAGUCAUGCUGGAAAACUUUGGGAACGUGGCCUCUGUGGGUCCUGUAAUUUGCAUACCUGGCCUUAUAUCCUGGCUGGAGGAAGAGGAACAGCUGUUUGUCCCUGGGUGUGAUGAAGAUGAAGGAUUGACAGGAGGCAUAUGGGAGUCAGCGAAUGAAACAUCUGAGCAUGGAGUGAUGGAAAAUGGAGACACCCAUUCAGAUCUGAAAGAGGGAGAUGAACAUGGUGAUGAACUGAGGACAGAGAUGGGAAAACGCCCUCCUGCAGGAAUGCAUAAUUCUGGUCUUUUACGGGGUGCAGGCUUGCGUGAAGACAGUACAAAUGGGUGCCCAGCAAGUGGGGGGGAAUCUCCUGAAAAAUCAGAUAAAAAUGUGAAUCAGAAGAUCCAUAAAAGGAAGAAAACGGACAAACGAUAUAAAUGCCUGGAGUGUGGGAAAAGCUUCACUGAGAACAGAAGCCUUACUUGCCAUCAAAGAAUUCACACAGGGAAGAAGCCAUAUAAAUGCUUAGAGUGUGGAAAGUGCUUCAGUCAGAGGGGACAUCUUACUUCCCAUGGAAGAAUUCAUACAGGGGAGCAACCAUAUAAAUGUCAAGAGUGUGAGAAAAGCUUCAGAACAAGGGGAAACCUUAAUAAACAUCAAAGAAUUCAUACAGGUGAGAAACCAUACAAAUGUCUGGAAUGUGGAAGAAGGUUCAAUCAGAGUGCAACCCUUUCUUCCCAUCAAAGAAUUCACACAGGCGAGAAACCAUAUAAAUGCCUGGAGUGUGGAAAAAACUUCAGUGCAAGGGGAAACCUUAAUAAACAUCAAAGAAUUCAUACAGGUGAGAAACCAUACAAAUGUCUGGAAUGUGGAAAAAGCUUCUCUUCUAGGGGAAACCUUAAUACCCAUCAAAGAAUUCACACAGGCCAGAAACCAUAUAAAUGCCUGGAGUGUGGGAAAAGCUUCACUGAGAACAGAAGCCUUACUUGCCAUCAAAGAACUCACACAGGGAAGAAGCCAUAUAAAUGCUUAGAGUGUGGAAAGUGCUUCAGUCAGAGGGGACAUCUUACUUCCCAUGGAAGAAUUCAUACAGGGGAGCAACCAUAUAAAUGUUUGCAUUGUGGGAAAGGCUUCCAUGAGAGUGGAAGUCUUCAUUCUCAUCAAAGAAUUCAUACUGGGGAGAAACCAUUUAAAUGCCUGGAAUGUGGAAAAAGUUUCAGUCAGAAUGGAAAACUUACUUCCCACCAAAGAACGCACACAGGGGAGAAGCCAUAUAAAUGCCUGGAGUGUGGAAAGAGCUACAGUCAUAGUGCAAACCUUAUUACUCAUAGAAGAAUUCACACAGGGGAGAAGCCAUAUAAAUGCCUAGAGUGUGGAAAAAGCUUCAUGGGCAGUGGACACCUUUCUGGCCACCAAAGGAUUCACACAAGCAAGAAACCGUAUAAAUGCCUGGAGUGUGGAAAAAGCUUCUCUUGGAGUGGAGCACUUAUUGUCCAUCAAAGAAUUCACACAGGGGAGAAGCCAUAUAAAUGCCUCGAGUGCGGAAAGUGCUUCAGUAACCGUGGAAACUUUUCAACCCAUGAAAGAAUUCACACAGGGGAAAAGCCAUAUAAAUGCCUAGAGUGUGGGGAAAGUUUCAGUCAGAGUAGAACAUUUGCUCGCCAUCAAAGAAUUCACACAGAGGAGAAACCAUAUAAAGGCCCGGAGUGUGGAAAAAGCUUCAAUCGGAGUGGAAGACUUAUUGGCCAUCAAAGAAAUCACAUAGAAGAGAAACUGUAGAAAUACUCAUAAUAUGGAAAGAGGUUAUAUCAGAUUAAUUGACUUACAAAAAUAGAAAGCAAUGCAAUGAAGCAAUACAAUAAUAUAGUCUGUAAUUCAGUAUCGUACUAUAUAAUUGAGUAAGUGUGUUUCAGACAACUCACUUUAUACCCUGGUGCACCACCAGAGGGCGAUGCCAUGGAGGGAAGCCCAGUCAAGGCAACGUGUCCCUCCAGAAAACGUGCCGUGGCUGAAAGGCCAGGCUGGGUUCAGGAGGGGAACAGGUGGCAAUACCAGCCCCUCGCUUUCAUGCAGCUGGUAUUAGGAGUGGAACAGCUGGCAAUACUCACCCCCCACCUUAACCCAGCUAAUAUUAGGAGUGGAGCAGGUGGUAAUUUCCAUCCCUGCCUUAGCCCAGCUAGUAUUAGGAGCAGAGCAGGUGGCAAUGCCCACCCACCCCCUUCAGCCAGCUGGGAUCAGUAGUAGACCAGGUGGCAAUGCCCACCCCCUCAUCUUACCCAGCUGCUAUUAGAAGUGAAGCAGGUGGCAAUGUUCACCCCCAGCAAUUCCCACCUCCUGCCUUUACCCAGCUGGUAGGAGUGGAAUAGGUGGCAAUGCCCAUCCAAUGCCUUAACCCAGCUCGUAUUAUGAGCAGGGCAGGUGGCAAUGCCUGCCCUCCCUUCAGCCAUCUGGGAUCAGGAGCGGAAUAGGUGGCAAUGCCUACCCUCUACCUUCACCCAGGUGGUAUUAGCAGCAGAGCAGGUGGCAAUGCCCACCCAUUGCCUUAAACCAGCUGGUAUUAGGAGCAGAGCAGGUGGCAAUGCCUGUCCCCCACCUUACCCAGCUGGUAUUUGGAGCUCCCAGGGUGGCAAACCUAUUCAUGGCUUAUUUAGAAAAGGGAUUUGUUUACAGAGAAGAAUCUAAUCCUUUUCUUGAAAAUAUGCUCCUAUAUUGUCACUUUAUUGAUGACUGUUUCUUGAUUCUUAGAACAGAGGGAAGUGUGGAAGGCUUUGUUGCCUGGAUGAAUUAUUUGCAUAAUAACAUCACAUUUACCUGGGAAGGGGAUGUAAACUGUAUACAUUUUUUGGACAUAACUGUUUGUAGACAACCAGAUAACACUCUUGGAGUUAGUCCUUACCGUAAGGCAACAAACAGAAAUUCGUAUUUAACAUUUAAUUCUCACCAUCCUAGAAUCUUGAAAAACAAUACCCCAUUUAGUCAAUUACUUCGGAUUAAACGGAAUGCAACUGAUCAACAAGACUUUGCUAGAGAAGCUAAUAUUAUGAUGCAAGCGUUCUGACACAGGGGUACGCGGUGGGGGUUGUAGAAGAUGCAUGGAGACGUGCUAUGAGUGUGCAUAGAAGGGACCUGUUUGUAUACAAAAAUAGGGAGAAAAAGAAACAACUGAUAUAGACAAUGGAUUUUACAUCUCAGUCAUGCUGGAUCAAAGGCAUUAUCCAUAAGCAUUGGCCCCUACUGCAGGAUAUCAAGGGCUGUGAGAAUCCCCCCAUAAUUGGACUGCGAAGAACUAGGAACCUUAAAGAUCUGUUGGUUCACUCGGAUUUGGGGAGGGGAAACAGCAGUGGAAAAUUACCUGUUGGGUACUUUAAGUGCGGCUGGUGCCGGUUGUGCCCUCAAGUGACCACAGGUGAUAGGGUUUCCAUCCCAGGCUCAGAGUUCAAUAUUCAAUUAAGAUAAUUUACCACUUGAGAUCCCACCUGAAAAAUCACGAGAUCCCACUUGCAAAAUCGCCAGGCUAACUAAUACGCUGAUCAAGAAUUCCUCACUUCAUCCCGACAUGCACAGAAAACUAUGCAAGACAGAAGCACAGCCACCACGACUAUAUGGACUCCCCAAAAUUCAUAAGGAUUCAGUCCCACUCCGACCCAUCGUGAGUGCCAUUGGUUCACCAACAUAUGAAUUAGCUAAACAUCUGGUCAAUCCUCUACAGGACCACAUUGGAAAAACCACGUCUUACAUCAAAGAUUCAGUGCAUUUCAUCAACAAAAUCAGUUCUCUGAAACUCAAUCCACAGGACAUACUCGUCAGUUUUGAUGUUGUAGCCCUGUUUAC